AUGGCUAUGGAGGAGGGAUCAGGAGCAGUAGAGAAAGGGCCGGCCGUGGGCACGGUGGCUGACGCCUCUGCCGCCGCCGCCGCCGCCGCAGCCGUCGGCCGCGGCGGCGACGGGAAGGAGGAGACCGAGGGGAGACGGCCGGCCCCGGCUGCCUACGCGGCCGUCGUGAUCGGGGGCACCUUCGACCGGCUGCACCAGGGCCACCAUCUCUUCUUGAAGGCAGCAGCGGAGCUGGCGAGGGAGAGGAUUGUGAUCGGCGUCUGCGACGGCCCGAUGCUCGCCAACAAACAGUAUGCCUACCUGAUACAACCAAUCGAGAAGCGGAUGCAAAAUGUCAAGGAUUAUAUUAAGUCCAUAAAGCCUGACCUUGAUGUUCAUGUGGAGCCGAUCGUGGACCCUUACGGACCCUCCAUCGUUGACCAAGGUCUUGAGGCCAUCGUUGUCAGCAAGGAGACACUGCCAGGAGGACACGCUGUCAACAGGAAGAGAGCAGAGAGAGGGCUCACUCAGUUACAGAUCGAGGUGGUAGAGCUGGUACCAGAGGAAUGGACUGGGAAUAAGAUAAGCUCCACAGCAUUCAGAAAGAUUGAAGCAGAGAGAGAAUUGCAGCAACAGAACAAGCAGCAAGAGACUAUAAUAGGCAGUCCAAUCGGGAUGCAAAACAUAGCAGCUACGUCAUAUGGAGCAGAAUGA